AUGGACUCCAUUAAUUCAUUAAUUCUAAUCGAUCUUCGAUGGAAACAACCGCAACCCAGCGACUUCGCAAGUGCGUGUAGAUUUGAUUUUUCUCAAGCUUUAGUUUUUCUCCAAUUUUGUCAUGUUUUUCCAUAUAUUCGAAUGAAAAUUAUCUUUUUUUUUUACCUAUCUGCAGCAUCAUUUUUAAAUCAUUUUAGCGAUAACAUUAGCCCAAAUAGUAUUGCAUUUGGUUUGCAAAAAAUAGAACUUGGUGGUACAGCUUUGGGCGAAGUAUGCCCGCUGAAUUUAAUUAGUGGGUGCGAGCCAGGCAAAUAUCGUACUUAUUCAGGACAUUGCAAUAAUGUUAAUAAUCCUUUAUGGGGUGCGGUUUAUGAACCAAUGCAAAGGUUGCUCAAACCGGACUAUUCUGACGAAAUCAGCAACCCACGCGCAUCCACAAUUGGUGCUCAACUGCCAAAUCCAAGGAAAAUAUCCAAUGAACUUUUUACAGCAAUAACGACCGACAAUGUAUGCACACUAAUGGUUGCACAGUGGGCUAUGUUUGUUUACGAAGAUUUAACUUUGACUGGAAAAAAUCGAAUUUUUCGAGGUUCUCAUGCUCAGCCGUUAUUUUGCUGCAAUCAUGAAUUAUAUCAUCCGGAAUGUUUCCCGAUAAUGAUCGACGAGGAUGAUCCAACGUAUUCCAAAUAUAUGAAAUGCAUGCCAUACACUAGGACAGCCACUUCGCCACGCGAAAACUGCUCAUUAGGAUUUCGAGAACAAGCUAAUCAAGCAACUUCCUAUCUUGAUGCCAGCCAUAUAUAUGGAAGCACUACUGAUCAAGCAAAAGUUCUUAGAGUAUUCGAAAGAGGUUACCUUAAUUAUACCCAAAAUGCAAAUUCGUGCAAAUUCAUAUCUCGUCAACAUAUUUAUUUUGAAGGCUUUCUGGCAUCUCAACACCGAGGUAAUUUAUUGCCUGAAGCAGACGAAGUUGAAUGCUUUUCAACUUCAACCAUUCAAAGGUGUUUUCUUUCCGGUGGUCAGUAUACAAAUUUGAUACCAACGAGUACAACUAUGCAUACAAUAUGGAUGAGGCAACAUAAUAAUAUAGCUAAUAAAUUAAAGACAAUUAAUAACCACUGGGAUGAUGAUCGACUUUAUCAAGAAGCACGGCGCAUCGUUAUCGCCCAGAUCCAACAUAUCACUUACAAUGAGUUUUUGCCAAUCAUCGUUGGCAAAGAUAAUCUUCGUAAAUUCGGAUUGAACUUGCGCAAUCAUGCUUACGAUAGCGACUAUAACUUAAAAAUAGAUCCCACUGUAUUAAAUGAAUUUGCGUCUUCAGUGGGACUUUUCUUCUUUUCGCUGUUUCCUGAAUACCUCACUCUUUAUGAUAAUAAUUAUAAUCAAGAGAUACAACGGCCAUGGAAUGAAUUGUAUAACAAUCCAUCAUUGAUCUAUGGCAAAGGAAGACUGGAAUCUAUACUAAGAUAUCUGUUGAAAGAAACAAUUCAAAAACCAGGUUUACAUAUGAACAAACAAUUCAGAAAUCAUUUUCUACAAGGACAGGACAAAUAUGGAUUAGAUUUAGCUGCAAUGAUCAUUCAAAUGGGAAGAGAUCAUGGUAUACCUGGUUAUACCACAUUUAGGACGCUGUGUGGGCUUAGACGACCAAAUAAUUUCUCGGAUCUCAAUGAUAUAGUUUUUGAUUCGGUUGAUAUAAAUGCGUUAUCACGACUAUAUUUCUCUAUUGAUGAUGUCGAUUUAUUCGUUCUCGGUCUAGGGGAACGUCCUCAACGAGGUGCACUGAUCGGACCAACAUUCUCCUGCAUCAUUGGGAAGCAAUUCCAGCGAGUUCGACGUGGAGAUCGUUUUUGGUAUGAAAAUUUCUUUGUUCCAUCAGCUUUUACUCUGGAACAAUUGAAUGAAAUUCGGAGAACUUCACUGAGCCGUAUUCUUUGCGAUAAUACUGAUAAUAUUGGAAGGAUUCAACCGAAUGUAUUUGAAGUGGCCGACGAUUAUGGAAAUUGCCCAAUGGAUUGCAGUUCUAGUAUAAUUGACAGUCUUGACAUAAAUAAAUGGGCUGAUCAAGAGCCUCAUCUGAAACUGCCUAUUACUCGAGCAACUUUGGAAAAAGCCAUUCGACUCGGAGCAGAACAUGCUAAACGUUUGAAUGAAGCUGAAGCAGCUCGUAUCUUUCAACAAGGCAAAAAUUUAGGAAAUAAUCGUAACCGAGGAAGGAAUUCGGCAAUUAUUCGUCACUCUAAUUUAUUGGCACCAAAAAAUGAAUCAAUAAAAUUGUCAAGAACUGCUGCAGUGCUUCGAGAAACGACUAAAAUACUUCUUGAAGGAAUUGGACUUGAUGAAAAAGAACGUCUUCCGGCUCAACUUGAUAUUCCAACACUUCAACGACUUUUGCCUGAAGUUGAUGUGUCAAGAUUUAUUGGCAAUAUUAGUGACUUCCUAGGGCAUGAGAGCCCAAGUGCAGAUGAGUGCUUGCCACAGCCAUUGCCCUGCGAUCAUACUUCAAAAUAUCGUACCUUCUCGGGAUGGUGCAAUAAUUUACGCUUCCCGCAUUAUGGAAAUGCCUUCGCACCAAUGCGCAGACUUCUUGACCCGGUCUAUGACGACGGUUUUGAUACACCGCGUGCACUUGGCCAUGGAGGUCGUAAACUUCCUUCAGCUAGAACAGUUUCAAAUGCCAUUCAUCAAGAAGUUCCAGUAUUUCAUACCAAAUUCUCUCACAUGCUUAUGCAAAUGGGUCAAGUCAUUGAUCAUGAUUUUGCUCAUUCACCUGUUGCAAGAGGUCCGGGUAACACAAUUCUCAACUGCUCUAGAUGUGAUUCGGAUAAAACUCUCUCAAUCCAUUGUUUCCCAAUCCCUGUUGAAAGAGACGAUCCUCAUUUCCCAUACUUAACACCAACAGGCGAACCAAAAUGUCUUUCUUUUGCUCGAUCUGUUUUAGGACAGCUUACUUUGGGAUAUAGAAACCAGCUGAACCAGUUGACUUCAUUUAUUGAUGCCUCGUUUAUUUAUGGUUCAACAGAGUGCGAAGCCAAUUCAUUGCGAUUGUUUAGCCAAGGGCGCUUAAAUUUUACUGAUCUUGGUUUUAAUAAAGAAGCUUUGCCACAAGGAUCUCAGGAGAGAGACUGCUUAUCAAAACCUAAACAUCCUUGCUUCAAUGCAGGUGACGAACGAAGUAAUGAACAGCCGGGUCUGACUGUUAUGCAUACCAUAUUUCUACGUGAACAUAACCGAAUAGCUACAACACUCAAUCGAAUCAAUAACUUUUGGCCUGAUGAAAAACUUUAUAUGGAAACUCGACGAAUUAUGGGUGCGAAGAUCCAACAUAUAAUUUACAAUGAAUGGCUACCGAUCGUUCUUGGAUGUGAAACUGUUGCAAAGUACGACCUUGUUCCACGCAAAAAUGGUUAUUAUCGAGGCUAUGAUGAUCGAUGUGAUGCUACAAUAUCACAAGAAAUGGCUACUGCUGCUUUCCGAUUUGGGCAUUCACUUAUAAGAAAUAUGUUUCCACGUAUGAGCGGUGAUUAUGACGAAAAAAUGAAAUCUCUUGAAUUAAAGAAAUCAUUCAACAAUGCCACAUUUUACUAUUCACCUGAGGAAGGUCAUAUCGAAUCAGUUUUGAUGGGUCUUCUUGGUGCUGAAAGCAUGGCUUUUGAUCGACAUAUUGCUGAUGCAGUUCGAAACCAUCUAUUCCAAAGACCUGAUGGACCUCAUACAGGUCUUGAUCUCCCUGCACUUAAUAUUCAACGUGGAAGAGAUCAUGGUGUACCUCCGUACAACAAUUAUCGUGAAAUAUGCGGACUACGUCAUGCAAAAACCUUCGAUGAUCUUCGUGAUACCAUGGAUGAAUUGGCAAUUAAAGCCUUUAAAAAUGUAUAUAAUCAUGUUAAUGAUAUUGACCUAUUUCCAGGCAUUAUGUCUGAAAAGCCACUUAGAGGUGCUUUGGUUGGUCCAACGAUAGCUUGCAUAAUUGCUGAACAAUUUCAAAGGCUUAAAAAAUGCGAUCGGUUUUAUUAUGAAAAUGGCAAUCCAGCAACAAGAUUUACUCCAGGUCAAUUAGCUGAGAUUCGCAAAACAACAAUGAGUAAACUUAUUUGCUCGAAUAGUCAAUAUGCGCGGAAGAUACAACCAAACUCUUUCCUUUUACCUGAUAAUUUAACAAAUGCUCCCGUGAAGUGUUCAGAAUUACCUGAUAUUGAUUUGUACGAAUGGCUUGACCGACAAUUUUGUGUGGUCGAUCAUCGAGUCAUAAAUUUGGGUAAAACAAAAAGGAUUACGCCUUGUAUAACCUGUACGUGCACCGCGGAAGGACCUGAAUGUCAUUCAAUGGUCAUUGAACGUUGUGAAAAUUUACUCAAUGAUUAUUUAUUUUCAGAAAUUACCGCGGACACAUUUAAUUAA